AUAAAUUGUAAUCAUCGGAAAUUUUAUCAAAAUGAAUUCUCUGGUAAUUUUGCUAAAUAUUUUUGUUUCUUUUUCUUUAUCGGUGUCUUUACUAAAUUAUAAAAAAUUGGAUCAGAUCGAGUAUUACGAGAUAAUAGAUUUCAAAGCAAAUUUCACUGAAGGUGAAACACUAGAAAACAUAAAAAUAAAGACAGCAAUUACGGUAAAAUUUCGAGCAUUCAAAAAGAAGUUUGAACUGGUACUGCAGGAAGACAAUUCAAUAAUAUCUCCAAGUGCCAAAGUCUAUAUGGUUGCAGACGAAAUUAUCAAAUUAUAUCCGAAGAACAUCGAAGGCUCUUCAAUAUACAAAGGCACCGUUUCGGGAGACAAACAAUCAUUUGUAAAUGGAUACCUUCACAGAAAUGGAUUUAUUGGCAAAAUCCAAUUAAAAUACGAAACUUAUUUCACAGAAAACGCAUUUGCGUACUUCAAAGACGAAACCUUUAAAGAUAAAUUGAUAAUUUAUAAAGACGUAGACGUAAAACCUGUCGGAUGCAAAAGCUUCGAACGAUAUCGGUCCUGUUUGAACAACAGAAUAAUACAUCAGUCAUUAAAUACUAAUUUAAUGAAUGAUAAGGAAAACGGGAGGUCUCAUUUAUUACGAAAGUCUACAGUUGAUGAACAAAACACGUUAAUGUGCAAUAUAGAGGUAAUGGCAGACCACACUUUUGUAGAUCAUUUUAAUAGAGAUCGUGGAACAGUUAUCGCAGAAAUGUUAUAUCAUGUGAAAGUUGCAGACAAAGUUUUCAGAAAUUUAGACUUCAAUAAGGAAGAUGCACCUAAAGGAAUAAGAAUUAACGUGGAGAAAAUUACUGUUAUAGAAAAUCCGAACAAUCCCACGUAUUAUUUAAAUAGUUACGUUGACAAAGCUACUGCAUACUCGGAACUUUUGGCUGCAAACUCGAAACAAACUUGGUGCAUGUUUAUAGCCUUUUGCCACAGAGAUUUUCAGGGAAAAGUUGGUCAGGCUUUUACAAAUGGUGUUUGCCACGGAAACACAAAAGGAACAAGUAUAAACGUGGCAUUUGUAUCUAUCAUUGCCAAUGAAAGAAGAGUUCCAAAGAUGGAGAUUAGUAAAAGUUUGCUUCAUGAAAUGGGACAUUCGUUCGGAAGUUCCCACGAUCCACCUAAUGAUCCGGUGUGUUCACCUGGAGACCGAAGAGAUUAUUUAGGAAAUUAUGUUAUGUACGGCGCUUUGAUUUCUAACUAUACCGAUGGAUCGUUGUACAAUAACUGGAAGUUUUCUCCUUGCAGCAAAAAUCAAAUAUACGAUAAUCUUUUUGUGGAUAAGGGAGCCUUUUGCAUGAAGAAGCCAAAGUCUAUAUGUGGUAACGGAAUAACAGAACAAGGAGAAGAAUGCGACUGCGGAAGUCCCGAAUACUGCGAAAAACUGGAUCCGUGUUGUAAUCCACCAGGAUCACGCGCGCCGUGUACACUCCUCAAACAAUCACAAAACUUUUGUAGUCCGCGAGAAGGCGAUUGCUGCAACGAGAAGUGCGAAUUUCUUGCAAAAGAGGGACAACGCCAAUGUUUCGUGUACACUCCUUGCCGAGAAAAAAUUCUCUACUGCAAUGGAUUGUCGCCAUUCUGCCCGGAGGUGAUUUUACCAGACGGAACAUCGUGUUCGGGUCCUAAUAUUUGUAAAUCUGGCAGUUGUCUCGUGGAUGUUUGCAAAAAUAACGGAUUACAAUUAUGUAAAUGUCCAAAAAGCUUAGAAUGUCAGAUUUGCUGCGUGGAUAAGGAAGGUAAUUGCAAGUCGACAUCGGACCUGAAGAUUUUCCUACCAAAUAGAACAAUAUUUGCUGUAUUUCCAGGGACGCCUUGUAACAACAAUAGUGGAAUGUGCUUACCUAAUGGAACGUGCUAUUCCAAACAUAUAUCUGGAAAUUGGUGGAAUACAUUCUGGCCGUAUUUAUUACCGGUUCCAUUAUUUAUGACUUUACGUCAUUCCAUGUUUUUGUAUCGAUAUUCCAAAAUGAAAUUAUUAAAUUUUAAAUCUGAACGAAAAAAUUGGCAAUAAAAAACGCUUCU